AUGAUAAGUAACGAACUGCACUACCUGAAGUACAUCGUGGGUGACAUCUUUGGACAGUGCUGCAGCGAGAUCGUGGAGCUCAUUCUGCUCUAUGGAAAUAAACUUACAAUUAAUGAAAUUAUAAAUUUGUCAAAUUAUGAGUUUAGCAUUGUGAGGAAUAUUUUACUUUGCUUGCUCAUCCACAACAUCGUGGACAUCCGGAUUAUUUAUGGCAAGACGAACGAAUGUAAUCACGAAUCAUCUGACGGGAAGAGGGUGGGUCUUCUCCCUGACGAAAGGGACGAACAUUGUGGCAAGACGCCCGUGGAAGAAGCCAUAGAAGUGGUCAAAGGUGACCAACUGGGUGAAGUAGCCGUCGGAACGGAAGAGGUGGUACCCCCAAAUGACUCCCCUACGGGUGAUACCGAUGAGGACGACGUCAUGGCGGAACGACCUAGCAAAACCAACCUGAGAGAAGAAAUGCACUUUUUGACCUCCCACGGAAGAUACAAGUACAUGAAGGGAUGCAGCUGCGCCUCCUGCAUUUGCAAAAUUAAGAGGGUAGAGUAUUGGGUCGUCGUGAAUAAUAUAUACGCCCUUCUUAGAUACUCGUCUAUAUUUUACUACAUGCACCCGACGCGUGUUAAAAGUGGAAGCACUGAUGAUGUGGCAGAGUACCACCAUGUCUGUGGCACCGCUCCUGCGGUUGACUCAAUCCCUGCCGCUGCUGGAGGGAAGAAUAAGGGAAAAAAUGUGACCACACAAAAUGAUGGUGUUUUUCCUCCCCCUGGAAUGAACAGCAUUUUGAGUUAUAACUUUUUCACGUCAGACAUGAUUCACGAUAAUAGCAGUAGCAUUGUCCAAGAGGAGGAGGAUAACAGUUGCGACGGCGAAUCCCCCCAAAGGGACAUUAUACAUUUCAUCGAAAAGGUUAUCCUCCUAAGGGUAAUUAAAAAUGGAAGAAUCACAAUCGACGCGUGUGUAAAAAAUUUGAAACAAGACGAUUACGUAGAAGUGUGUAAAAAGGAAAUACCAAAUAUAAAAAAAAAAAAACUAAAGCUAAUUUUUUUACAAUUGUUAAAAAAAAAAUAUAUAAAAAAGUGUAAGUAUUUUAAUGAGCAUACAUGUGAAAAUGACACAAGUGGUAAUGAACCUACCAGCAAGUAUGAUCAGUCGAUAAAUUAUAUUAACGCGGGGGUCGAUCCCCCAGGGUAUGCGAAUAACUAUGCCUCUGUAUAUCACCCUAAUCGGAAUAACCACGUGGGAAUGAACAAAGUGGAGGCAAAUGCCCAAAGAACAAACCCAGCCUUUCAUGGCAAGGAUAAAACGCACACUGAUCAUACGGCUCACCCCAACCACCAACAAUUGAACCGAACAACCAGCCUUUUAAACUCCACCGAAUUGGACAGGAACAACCAACACUCCAACGAGUCCUUCAACAGCUCCAGUGAUAGUUUCCUUUUCGCCCCAGUCGACAAUGUGAAUAGCAUGAGCGCAUACAAUCCUGCAACGAACGCCUUCCCAAAUGAUGGCAAAAAACACGGCGCGAAAAUUACGAGAGAUGUACCAGGUAUGGUAGAUCAUUCAAAACGGAGGAAGACAACGGAGAAUGAACCGGGGGGAAAUCAAAAUUGUAGGAAUUUUUCCAACAACGAUCUCUUCGAUGGGAAUUUAUUCUCCAUCAGGGGAGAGAUGAACAGAAAUUCGGACCCCCUCAGCAGUAGUAGCUACCUGAAUGAGGAUAAUAACAGCGUCAUAAGUAGUGCUUACCCUGGGGGAGGGGGAAGUUCCUACCCAGGGAGUAACUCAUAUCUAGCCGCAGGGGGAAGUUCCUAUCCGAGGAGUGGCACCUCCUUCGAUCGCUCCAACGUCAUGAAUGUUCACGCGACAGACAGGAAGAAUGACGCACCGAUGAGCGCAGAAAAUCAGCACGACUAUUUCAACCACAGGGAAAACACAACAGACAGGUAUACAAAUGAGGACAACAUGCAAAAUAACCUCCUACAACAUCUGGACAACCGAUUUACAUACUUCCAAGCGAAUAACGAAGUGCUGACCGUCCUGUAUCUGAAGCAGGAGUGUUUUAACUUCAUAACACACUAUUACAAUUUUAACGAAGUCGAAAAAGGCAUCUUUUUUUUUUUAUUAAAAAAUGUGCAACUCACUUACUCUGUUGAAGAAAAUAAUUACAAACACACGCCCUCAUUUUGUACCUUUGAAAAUGUCGAAAAAUACGUAAUAGCAAAUUUUAAGAAAAAAAAUAUCUACAUGGACAGAAAUGUCGUCUUACAAAAUUUAAACAACUUAAUCAAAAAUCCAGACCAGUUGGUAAAAACACAAUGUAAUGAAAUGAUAACUUACGCUGCCGAUUUUUGCAAUAUUAAAAAUAUUUACAAAAAAAAAAUUACAACAAAUAUUAUAGAAAAUAUGAACGGGUCAGGCGCUUUACGCAUUUGGAACUUUCUCAUAGCCACACCUGAGGAGAAAAUUAAUGAUGAAGUGAUAAGUGAAAAUGUCUUAAUCCCACUAAAUGAUGUGAGAAAAAAAUUGUAUAAUUUGCUCUACCAUGGGUACAUCAAAUGUCAUGAGUGUAACAACAGUAACGUUAACAAAACGUACAUUAAGCAUUCCUUGUCCUUCUCCACCAACGUGUAUUACACAACGAAUAAAAUAAAGGAAAAUUUAUUUACCAUCGCGAAAAAUAUUUACAUACGGAAACUCCACGAAAAUAAUGAAAUAAACACGUUGCACAAUAAGUCCAACAUGUGCGCGAACGAGGUAGGGAAGGACCCCCCGGCAGAGCUCCGUACUGUCCAGGGUGCCCCCUCCGGACAGAACGUAUCCACCAAUCAGACCUCCAACACAGCGAACAGAAGCAAUCAGAAUAAAAAAAAAAUCAGCUUGACGUCGCGUGAGUAUGCCGUGGACUACCUGGAGAUAAGCUUAAUUAACCUCGACAAAUUAAUUUUUAUUUUUAACUCGUAG